CACCACCACAGCUCUCCACAAAACUAGAAAACUACUCAAAGCUUUCAGAAUAUUAGUAUUUCUUCUUUUCAUCGUUUGCUCAUCUUAAAGAAAAAAUCAUGGCUAUCCGUGUUCCUCGUAUAAUCAAGAAGUCCUCAACAUCCCUUGAUGUUCCCAAGGGCUAUUUUGCUGUUUAUGUUGGGGAGAAGCAGAGGAAGAGAUUUGUAAUUCCCAUAGCAUAUUUGAGCCAGCCUUUAUUUCAAGAUUUGCUUAGUCAAGCUGAGGAAGAAUUUGGCUUCAAUCAUCCUAUGGGUGGUGUCACAAUUCCCUGCUCAGAGGACAUCUUCAUUGGAAUCACUUCUCAGUUUAGGAUUUAAGAAUAUAGUUGAGAUCUUUUUUUUAGGUCUCACAAUUUUGUAUAUCAUAUUAGGAGAUCGGCUCUUGUACAGUUGAUUAGUUAGGAUCUCAAUGAGGCAUAGCACCACAAACAUUGGUUCUUUUGACUCGCAAAGACUAAUUCAAAGAAUACAUAUACCACAUCCAUUUUUCUCACUUAAUGUGUCCAAACGAAAUUUAUCUUGAAAUUCUGAAUAAUUCAGCUUCUACACGUUUCUA